AUGCGCCAGAACCCCCACAAGUCGGAGUGCUACGACCACUACUGCGAUGCGAACAACGUGUGCGGCGAGUCCUGCGCGGAGAUCGACAUCAUGGAGGCGAACGAGCACGCCUGGCACACCACCCUGCACACGGCGAAGGACCACGAGGGGUUCGGCGGCGGCUACGGGGGCGGCGACGGCUGGCCAGGCCCCCGCGACUUCCUGAGCGACCAGUACGGGCCGGGCGCGUCCUCCAUCGACACGAAGAAGCCCUUCGACGUCGUCUGCUCCUUCAUGACGGACGCGGGCGGCGAGCUGCGCGAGCUGGAGGUGGUCCUCACUCAGGAGGGCGGCGACGGCCCGUUGCGCAUCAGCCUGCCAGAGUACCCCGGCAACAGUGAGCUCACCAAGGCUCUGCACUCAGGGAUGACGCCCAUCGUGAGCUACUGGAAGUCCAAGGAGAUGUUGUGGAUGGACGGGACCGGCGACGACGGCAAGGGGCCGUGCGAUAGCGACACUUGCGAGUGCGGGGAGACGGUGGUCUUCGGGAACUUCUCGAUCUUCGAUAUCGAGGAGCAGGAACUGCCCCCCCACGAGGACGUCCCGCCAGAGGAGGGUGAGGUCCUGGCGGCCGAGGGGAGCGAGCCCGAGCCCGGCGGGCAGCGGGAGCCGGCCUGCCCGGGCAAGGUGGACGUCGCCGGCGAGGCGGCGGUCUCGGUCGUUCCCGCUGGUUGGAAGAGCCCGGUCGGCGGGGAGGUCGAGCUGGACAGGCACGCGGGGGCUGUGGUGCCCCACCUCGGGGGGCGGGCCUACUUCGCGGACGACUGCGUGCCGGGCGAGUACGACAACGAGCAGUACACGGCCCUCGAGCUGCUGGGCAAGAGGCUGAAGUUCACCGUCGACAUCGGCGGCGCGGGCUGCGGCUGCGUCGCCGAGCUCAGACUGAUGCCCAUGCGCUUCAACAAGAAUCCGACCGCCUGCUCGGACUUCUACUGCGACGCCAGCAGCCUGUGCGGCGAGAGCUGCGUAGAGGUGGAUGUCAUGCGCGCCAACAUGCAUGCCUGGCACUCCAACCUUCGCGCAGAGAACGACCACACGGGCCUUCCUGUGGGGUACGGUGGGGCCGAGGGGCCGCGGGAAUGGACCAAGGAGGAUUAUGGCCCAGGUGGCAAGUGCAUCGACACAACGAAAAAGUUCGACGUCGAGGUGUCCUUCCCCGUGGACUACAACAACCACCUCGCUGCCAUGGAGGUGCUCCUGUCACAGAAGGCGUGCAACCUGUCGCUGCGCCUCGCGAACUACCCGCGGGAGGCCGACGUCUCGGAGGCCCUGCGGAGAGGGCUGACGCCCGUGGUCGGCUACUGGGCCUCCGGCGACACUCUGUGGCUGGACGGGCCGGGCGCGGACCGCCGGGGGCCUUGCACGGAGGACGUCCUGCGGAGCGAGGGCACCUGCGCCGACAAGGUGGCGGUCUCGGGCUUCUCCGUCGAGCACGUCGGCGCGCCCUCCGGCGAGCUCGUCGACGGCGUCCCCGAGGCGCAGGAGGAGAGCACGCGGCCAAGUUUGGCGGCGAGUGCGUCGGCGGGUGGGCGCCCCACGCGGACUGCGUCGGCCCCUUCCGGUACGAGGGCGUCGAUGGCCUGCUCCCAGCCUGCACCACGCUCCACGUGGAGCACUGGGCGUGGUGCUCCCUGGACGAGAAGUACGGGUCCCGCUGGGAGCACUGCAGGCCUUGCAACACUCACGCCGACAUGGGCAAGUGGUUGA